GAGAUAGUGAAGCGUUUGUGAAGAACUGUGUAGAAUGGACGACCUGCAAGGAUCAGAAGAGACCACCUUUAUUGUGGACGAAGUAAAGGGUGUCAUCCAAGAGUCUGUGGAGAAUGUGCUGGGAGCUUCAGCCUAUCAGAACAACAAGGUUAACCAGUGGACAUCCAGUAUUGUGGAACAUUGCCUCAACCAGCUCACCAAGCUGGGAAAACCGUUCAAGUAUAUUGUAACUAGUGUGAUCAUGCAAAAGAAUGGAGCAGGACUGCACACGGCUAGCUCCUGUUACUGGGACAACUCCACAGACGGAAGCUGUACCAUAAGAUGGGAGAACAAGUCUAUGUACUGCAUUGUGACUGUCUUUGGACUGGCCAUUUAGCUCACACUAACUCACUCUUCACUAUGUAUACGCAUAUUCUAUUAUACAAUUUAUUUACUAUCACCUAUUGUGGUGCAUUUUAUAUCAUUGGUUGUCUGCUGUUUUAGAAAAACAAAAACAAAUAAAUAAUAAAA